UUUAAAGGGCGUUGAAGGUAGGCGGGAGGACAUUUGAAUUCAAACGGCGGUGGAGCCUGCCACAUCGACUGCAGAGUAAUGGACAAAGCGGGUAAAGAAAACCAGAGUGGACACUCACACAACAGCAAGGUAGUAGAUGGUCCAAAGCGGAUUCCUAUGACUCAAAAUCGGGCACUAAGGACUGGAAUUCAAUCACAGCGUGUUCCUUCUGCUUCAAAUGUACCCCAGAGAGUGCCUAUUAAGUCUCAGGCACAGAAACCUGCUGUUACCCAUCCAAAAUGUUCCAACUACACAAGUCAGCAGCGACCAACAUCUGCAGUUCAACCAACAUCUAGGAACUCCGGUCCAAAUAAACCUGGUAUAAUCUCUCAGCAACCUUCUGCAUCUGGAAAAAAGCCUGAAACUGAAGAUGUAUCAGCUGUAACAACUGAGGCAAAAGGAGCUUCCGAUUCAAAAAGUGAGAGCAAAGGAGCAUCAAAAAGUGAAACUAAAAGAAAACAGUGGUUCCUGGAAGACUUUGAAAUUGGCCGUCCUUUGGGAAAAGGAAAAUUUGGAAAUGUGUACCUGGCUCGAGAGAAACGGAGCAAAUUUAUCUUGGCACUGAAGGUCUUGUUUAAAGCACAAUUGGAAAAAGCAGGUGUAGAACAUCAGCUGCGGCGAGAAGUAGAAAUACAGUCUCAUCUUCGACAUCCCAAUAUUCUCCGGCUGUAUGGUUACUUCCAUGAUGCAACAAGAGUGUACUUAAUUUUGGAACAUGCACCUCGUGGAGAAGUGUAUAAAGAACUUCAGAAGCUUAAAAAGUUUGAUGAGCAACGAACAGCUACUUAUAUGACUGAACUCGCAGAUGCAUUGUUAUAUUGUCAUUCAAAAAGAGUAAUUCAUAGGGACAUCAAACCUGAAAACUUGUUGCUGGGAUCAAAUGGAGAGCUCAAGAUUGCUGACUUUGGAUGGUCAGUGCAUGCCCCAUCUUCUAGGAGGUCAACAAUAUGUGGCACCCUUGAUUACUUACCACCUGAAAUGAUUGAAGGGAGGACACAUGAUGAAACAGUGGACCUGUGGAGUCUUGGUGUCUUAUGUUAUGAAUUUUUAGUAGGAAAGCCUCCUUUUGAAGCAGAAACUUAUCAGGAUACAUAUAGAGCCAUUUCAAGGGUGGAGUACAGAUUUCCUCCUUUUGUAACAGAGGGCGCUCAGGAUCUGAUUUCAAAGCUCUUGAAGCAUGACCCAAAGCAGAGAUUACUACUGGAAAGUGUGCUUAAACAUCCAUGGGUUACAUCAAACUCUACUAAACCUCCCAAGCAUAACAUGGUGGAAACCACUGUUGCUAAUAAAACUCAGUCAUAGCAUAAUAAGCAUUGCUGACUGCAUUUCCCAAGUAGCAGGGAUGGCAACAAAUUAUAAGACACUUGAUACAGGAAGCAUAGAAUUGGUCUCAAAAAAGAAGUCAACGUUUCCUGCGCAACGAAUCUCUAUGAACACGAUGAAGUCUGAGCUGCAGUUUUCACAGGCAUGCUGCAAUACUUGUAGUUCCAUUCAGAGCAGUUUGUGGAUAUCUGGAACACAUACUUGAACACUGUGCAUGUGAUUCAAAGCUGCUGGGGCACAUCUUGUUCAGGACUUUCUCAGAUACAUAGCUCCUAUUCGGUUGAUCCUCCUUGCUGCUUGAUAACCACAUGAAAUUGUUGGAACGGUGCAAUAACACCAAGGUUAACCUGUGCAGUGAUGUGACAUGGACGGCAUCUGCUUCUGUAAAUAUGAGCUACUUGUGCAGUCAUUGUCCUGUCUUCAGUUAGGAAAUUCUUUGAAGUCUAAAGACUUUAUAAGUAAUAACCCAAUGCUUUCAGACUUGUUGUUUUUGGAUAAUACCUAACUACUUUAUUUAGUGGUCAGAGAUAGCCUACUUCCUAGGAUAUCCUCGAUAGUAAUUGGUCAAUGUAAGUUCUUACAAGAAAAACGGCAUAAACUACUUUUGAUCAUCAAUUUUUAAAUAAUGUAUUUGUUUAAGCACUAGUAAAACUUUAUCACAAAAUCAUGAUGGUUCUGCAGCACUUAUACUUGCAUCUAAUGGUACUUCACAUUUAGAAUUUACAUUUAUCCAAGUGUAUUUCAAGCUACCUCCAAGUGUAUUUCUGUCAACCCUGAAAGGGUGUAUUCUGAGAACCUGUACAGUUCAGAUAAACUGAAGUAUGUUGGAUCCUGAAAAUACAAGCCCUCUUUUGGCAUGUAGUGAUUCCAGGCAAUUCUCAGAGUUAUCCUGGGGUUAUGAUGAAAAUUGGUACCAAGAUUGCUGAAGCUGACGAAAGCGGGCCUAAAAGUGUAAUUUUGUGUGACAGCAUCGUUUUGUGAUGGCAAUUCCAGUACACCCUGACUGUGUGGGUUAUUAAGCAGGGAGAUGUGGGAGUGUGUGGUUUUUGUAGCCUCUGGAAGCUUCUGACUACAAUGGUUACAAAUCAACAGCAGCCAUUUUGCAGUAGGAAAUAUAAACACUAUAAAUUGGCACAAUACCAUUUAAAGAACCAAACAAAGAAACAUUCCAUAUCAAACCAUACCAAACUCAAGAAAAAUUGUGAAUUCUAGCUUCUAAUUGCCCUCUCCCAUAUUCUCAAAUUGGCUACCUGCCCUAUUAUGUAUGCUAAUACUAUUAUCCACUGUCAUUAAAUUACUUAACC